UUCGUGGUGAUUGCGACGGUUAUUAUGGUUCUGAGGGUCUACGUUCGGGCUUGGAUGCUGCGAUAUACCGCGAAUUGGGGAUGGAAGGAUACCUUUGCUGUGUUAUCCUAUGGCUCUUUCAUCGUUAGUAGCGUAUUCGCUGUCAAAGCAGCAUACUUUGGCCUUGGAACGAGGGACGACAAACUCAACGAUCUUGUUAUGGUUCGAUGCGCCGAAUACAUGCUUUACUCGCAAGUCACAUACGGGACUACGGUACCGUUGAUCAAAGCCUCGGUUGUCUUCAUGCUACUUCGGAUUACCGUCGAACUAAAGUAUCGCUGGACGCUCUACAUCAUGCAAUUGCUCGCUACGGUCAUGGCAAUCGUUGGAAUAGUCGCUUCUCUUACCUACUGCACCCCCGUUCGAGCAUACUGGAACCCUUUGCUUGGAAAAUGUGGCGACUUCAAUCGAGUUGUCAUCAUUGGAUACGUCUGGACGGCUGUGGGUAUCGUGACGGAUUGGUGCUGCGCCAUCUUGCCUUACUUUGUGGUACGAAAGCUGCAGAUGAAUCGACGGUCGAAGAGAAUUGUCAUGCUCAUCCUGGAUUUGGGUGCUCUUGCAAGCACGGCUACGAUCGUCAGGGCGCCUUACCUGCAGUAUUACCUGGCCACCAAAGACAAGCUCUACUGGAACGGACAUAUUUCCCUUUGGUGUCAACUAGAAAGUGGAAUCGCUAUCAUCGCAGCAUCCCUCCCGUCUCUUCGGAAAAUGUUUGCCCGAUAUUUC